UCCCCCCUUCUGCAGUCCAGCUGCCACCCCAGCCGUCAGGAAUGUACUCUGGGUGUCAUGUUACAGGCUAUGUGCUUUAAAAGACACAGUGGUCCUGACCAUGUGAGUCAGCUUUGAAAACUACCCUGCUAGUGCUAGGAACACAGCAGGAUUCCAGCCAAGACUUCCCAGCAUUUUCUGCCAAACUCUCUGUCAGAUUUAAGACAUAGUCUCCUGCAAGCUUCCUUGAAGUUUUGGGGCUUCAAACUUUGCUUCUGGAGAAUGCCUUUUGCAACACUUUUCAGUAGCUGCCUGGAAACAACUGCUUAGCCAUCAGUGGACAUUUGAAAUAUUCAAAAUGUAUGGAGAGUGGGCCGCAGUGAAUAUUCUCAUGAUGUCCUAUGUGUACCUGGUGCAGGGCUUCAGUAGUGAACACCGAGCAGUGAAGCGAUCAUCCCGGUCUGUGUUGGAACGUUCUGAACAACAGAUCCGCGCGGCUUCUAGUUUGGAGGAGUUGCUGCAAGUCGCACACUCUGAGGACUGGAAGCUGUGGCGGUGCCGGUUGAAGCUUAAAAGUCUUGCCAGUGUGGACUCGCGCUCAACAUCCCAUCGCUCCACCAGAUUUGCGGCAACUUUCUAUGAUACUGAAACACUAAAAGUUAUAGAUGAAGAAUGGCAGAGGACCCAAUGCAGCCCUAGAGAGACAUGCGUAGAAGUCGCCAGUGAGCUCGGGAAGACAACCAACACAUUCUUCAAGCCCCCUUGUGUAAAUGUCUUCCGGUGUGGAGGAUGCUGCAAUGAAGAGAGCGUGAUGUGUAUGAACACAAGCACCUCCUACAUCUCCAAACAGCUCUUUGAGAUAUCAGUGCCUCUGACAUCAGUGCCCGAGUUAGUGCCUGUUAAAAUUGCCAACCAUACGGGUUGUAAGUGCUUGCCCACGGGCCCCCGGCAUCCCUACUCAAUUAUCAGAAGAUCCAUUCAGAUCCCAGAAGAAGAUCAAUGUCCUCAUUCCAAGAAACUCUGUCCUGUUGACAUGCUGUGGGAUAACACCAAAUGUAAAUGUGUUUUACAAGAUGAGAAUCCACUGCCUGGGACAGAAGACCACUCUUACCUCCAGGAACCCGCUCUCUGUGGACCACACAUGAUGUUUGAUGAAGAUCGCUGCGAGUGUGUCUGUAAAGCACCAUGUCCUGGAGAUCUCAUUCAGCACCCGGAAAACUGCAGUUGCUUUGAAUGCAAAGAAAGUCUGGAAAGCUGUUGCCAAAAGCACAAGAUGUUUCACCCUGACACCUGCAGAUCAAUGGUCUUUUCACUGUCCCCUUAAUUUGGUUUACUGGUGACAUUUAAAGGACAUACUAACCUGAUUUAUUGGGGCUCUUUUCUCUCAGGGCCCAAGCACACUCUUAAAGGAACACAGACGUUUGGCCUCUAAGAAAUACAUGGAAGUAUUAUAGAGUGAUGAUUAAAUUGUCUUCUUGUUUCAAAACAGGGUCUCAUGAGUUACAGACCCGUAUUGCCAUGCCUGCCGUCAUGCUAUCAUGAGCGGAAAAGAAGUCACUGGCAUUUAAACAACAGGGUUAAGAGAGGUUUGGCGCUCUCUCUCUCUCUCUCUCUCUCUCUCUCUCUCUCUCUCUCUCUCUCUCUCCUCCCCCUCUCUCUGUAGGCAAGACAUUUAAAGAUGACUAUAAACCUUGAAGGCCAUUGAUUGGGUUUUGAUCAAUUUCAAAAUCUACCCAAACUAACCACUGAGAUUUAAAAAAAAAAUAAGCUUGUUCUUUGUCAAUUGCAUACACAGAUAAGAUGCAGUCUAAUUAUCUUUACUCCUACACUCUUAACUCCAGUCUAUCCCUGGCGACCCACUUCCUCCUUACUUGUCUUUGUCAUUCUCGAGUCUUUUUGUUUGGUUUUGUGACCCAGUAAAUGCAGCCAGGGCCAUUUGUGUGAGCACAGGCUUGGAAGAACUUGUUUAGCUCACGUACCAGUUGGACCACAACUGAAGACAGUGACUUCCUUGUCUUCCAGAUUCUACCAGUAGCCCACAGCUCAUUACUGCCACCCCAAAGAGUCCCUUCCAAAUGUAUAAUUAACUGUUGAGAACCUUGGCCUUGUAUAGGCCGAGGGAAGAUUAUCACAGCUGUGUGAGUUCCUGCUUGCAAAGUCUGCAUCAUGCCUAGAAGAUGGUGUUUCCUCGCCAUUCUCUCUGUUUUCUGACUCUUAUGUUUCCCCCAGCCCCUCUUCUCCUGUGCUCCUCGCUUCACGGGAGGUGGUAUCCACAUCUUUGUUAGGGCUGAACCCUCAGUCAGUAGAGUGUCCACUUAGAAUAUUACAUUGAUUCUUUCUUUCUUUGAGAACAAUUAAAUGAAAUCAGAACUAAAUGACAUAUCCAAUGUUGAUCCUUGCUUCUAAAGUCUCAUCUUCACUUUCUUUUGCGACAUCUGUGAGGGCAGGUGUCCUUUUCCCACCAGAACAUGUGCAAGUAGCAAGGAAGCCUGUGGAAAGAACUGGUGCUUUCUGAAGGAGACAAGGACUGAGGGCCUCCUCAGCCAAGAGAAUCUUCCUCCCAAGUUCGCUAUCCGUGUCACUUUAAACAGCAUGCUGCUUUGUUAAGUUGCUGUCAGUGUUGCCCACCUCCCACCCCUCAGGGGUUAGAAAAGUUGAUUUUACGUAGUGCCAUGGUAAAGCCACAUUUCCAUGCAAUAGCUGGGUGAUUCCCCAAUUCACUGACAAAUGACUUGUAGCUUCAGAUGCCUCUGUGCAUCAGCGCUCAGAAAGGGAGGGGUCUAAGGAGCCCCUUUUUUGGAUGAACGAGAAAAGGUUGCCUGAAACAGAGUAGUAGAUGCCACGUGAUUGACUCCUCAGACUGGCAAAGUCCAAGUGCAAUGCUUAUGAGUUGUUCUGCUUCUUUCUUAUGCAGAAUUUCAUUUGUAUGAUCAGCACUGAUGCGAUUCCCAUUCAGCUUGUAUUUUUAAGUUGACUGAACCACUGCCUGAUGUUUUAUAUUUAAAUGUAUUUAAAGGAAAUAAACACUGUUACGCAACCCA